CUGAUUGGCUCAGACAAGGCUAACUCCAUUUUGGAAAACAGCUGUUUGAAGACACAACCUUUCCUCGUUGUUUUCCGACGGCGUCCUGAGGAAAAAAAAGAAACCCCAACAUCCCGGCUUUUAACACACACUUCCUCGCCACAGUAUUUUUAUUUAAUUAUAAUUUCCUCCAGGCUGCUUCAGUGUCUGCCCACUUCGGCGUGCUGCGUUUUUGUUCCACUGCCAGGAAACUUAACCGGGGAUCCAUGGUGUUAAAUUUCCAUUGUAACAAGUGGAUAACAGGAGGCGACCCGACCAAGGUGUAAUGAGAGCGCUGGUCAUGGACAGAUGAUGGACGUGGAGACGUCAUACUCAGACUUCAUCAACUGUGAUCGCACAGGCCGCAGGAACGCAGUGCCCGACAUCACAGGGGAGGGGGAAGCAGUGGCCAGCACCAGUGAACUCGCCAAAGACCUGGCGGAGAUGGACCUGAAGGCUGCAGAAGGAGACCCGGGGGCCUCACCGGCCCCCGAGGCCGAGGGCUCCACCAGCCAAGACGCCCAGGGAGGUGGAGGCCCGUCCUAAACCCGGCCAGGGACAGAAGGGGGGGCAGAGCCAAGGAGUGAAAAGUAGAGAGGAAGCAAGUGGAAGUGGAGAGACAUGGAGAAAGGGAAGAGAGAGUGUAUAUUGGCUGUCCUGAGUGGACAUGAGGACACCUUCGCUCACUGCCGGCCUGUUUGGAGCUUCAGCGGCCCAAAUGUGCGCCUUUUCAUUUGGAUCAGACUGUAACUUGGGGAGCAGACCAGAGUAGGACUGACAACUGAGAUGCUGCCCCUUCGGCUUCAUCCUCUGUUAGUCAUUUAUAGUCCCGACGAGACAAGAAAGCACAGAAACCUUGAAUUUACGUCUGCGCAGAUGGACUCAGCUGAACAGGAUGCAUUUAUAACACUCAAAACUUUGUCGCAGCCUAACGGGGAACUGUGUCGUGGCGGGCGUGUUCAUAAUCAUCUGUUCGUCAUUUUCUUUCUGUGUCCACGUGUGUGUUUGAUCAUCGUCGAGUCUCUCUCUCUUUUUUUUAGUAACAUAGUCGCCAUUAUACUGUCGUGUACGGACUUCAUAUUUAUUGCUAAGUGUUCAGUGAUAACUUUGUGAUAGCAAUCUUCUUUGUGUAAUAAAAUACUUAAGAAUUACUGUAA